UUGAAAAUUAAACUUUUAAUCAUCUUAUUUUAUUUUAGUGUACAUAAUGAAUGAGUUUAUAGUGUAACAGAGAAUAUUUAUGUCGACUGCAGUUCAAUGUCAACUCGAAAAUGAACAAUGAUCAUUAUUCACAAGAUUUUGUGCUAUGAAAACGUACAAUUGGCUAUCAUUGACUUAUCAACAAAGGAUUACAUAAUAUUAAAAUUUAUGUAACUAAUUUUAUCUUAUUUGUAAAGUAUUCUGACUCUGCAAUAAUUAAGUUGUUCGUGCGUGAGGUCUGACGUCAUUUAGAGCUCGCUGUACAGCAUGUAUGGGAUAUAUAGUUGCUCUUUCUAACGCAAUAGAGCUUUAUUUUGAUAUUGGCUCUGUUUAUCAAGAUUUCCUCAUGAUAAUCAAGCUCAUCAGUCAAUUCAUUAAAAAGUUCGGUGACAUGCGUUAAUUUCGUGGGAGACUGUCUGAUCCGCUGGAGUCGAGCAGUCUUGAGAUAGGGACUAUAUAUGCAAUCACUGAUCAGGAGUUCAGUGUCGAUUGUCGAAUAGCAGCCUGCACUAUAUAUUAGUAGCCGCGGACGCACGUAGUUUCGCGCAUGUCAGAACUAGUUUCAGUCGAGCCGCCGUGCAGCAAAGUGAGUCUGCUUGCGCUUCGUUUUCCGAGCUUUUCGCUCUCGAUAGAACCGCGACAGUCGACGAGAGCAGGCCGCGUGUGUGCGAGCUUCCUUCGCGCUACUCGCAGAUCGAAACAUGUGAACUUGCUCUCCAGCUCGCGCUUAUCGAUCCUGCACUGCACGCGACCGACGGCAGUCUCGUGUCCUUUAACUCUCGCCGCAGCCUUGACGAGUUACGUGAAUCUUCGGCCCCGUUCGCCAUUCAUCAAAACGCAACGAUUGAUAGCUGCUACUCGCCGAAAGCUGUGACAGUUUUUCUUCGAGACUAAUUACACCGCCUCAAUCUUUCGCCGUUGCACGCAUUGGAUCAGAAGCUAGAGAGACUUGUUGCAAGCAAUUACGCGCCUUGUGUUACAUAAAUGCUGUUGCAUAUGAAUCGAGAACAUCUUCAGCAACAGAUCAAGCUUUUCUCUCUUCAAAACUCUUUCGUAAAAUCGAAAGUUUUUAGUUGAUAACACUUUUUUUUUUAAUUAUCACUUUACGCUCAAAUAAACAAAUAAAGUAAAACUCCGUCGUCAUGAAUUUCGCAAUGGAAUGGUCCACAAUUUCUUUGAUUCUUUGCGUUUUUGGUUUUUUCAAAGAAUUUAGACCAAAUGAACCAUUUGUAACGAAUUACCUCAAUGGUACUUGGAAAAAUUUCACCCUUGAACAGGUCAACCAAGAAAUUUUUCCAGUUAGCACAUAUGCUUAUUUGGCCACAUUAAUUUUAGUAUUUUUGUUGACUGAUCUGAUUAGAUACAAACCUGUCAUUAUAUUAUGUGGUUUAUCUGGGGCUGCCACAUUUAUUACUAUUAUAUUUGGCACAACCAUAUUUCACAUGCAAAUAGUGGAAUUUCUUUAUGGCUUACUUUUAUCAACUGAAGUAGCUUACUAUACUUACAUUUAUGCUAAGGUUGAUAAAGAACGUUACCAGAAAGUAACCAGCCAUACUAGGGGAGCUUUCUUGCUUGGUCGUUUUAUGGCUGGUGUUUUUGCACAAUUGACAAUAUCAUUCAAAAUUUUGGAUUAUGAACAACUUAAUUAUGUGACAGUUGCCUCUCUUAUAAUAGCAACAAUCUGGGCUUUGUUUUUGCCACCGGUAGAUCAGUCAAUAUAUUUUCAUAGAUCAGAACCCAGUAUAACCGAUAUUUCUGCAUCGUUGGGAAGCCCAGAUAGUAAUCAUACAUUGUCAGCUUCUUCUUCUCACAGGAUUUCUCAAACGGAAACUAAGACAUUUUUCGUCAAAAUUAAACAUGCUUACUAUCUUCUAUGGGAAGAUUUUAUAAAAGCUUAUACAAAUAGGCAUGUUGUAAAAUGGUCUUUGUGGUGGGCAUUUGCCACUUGCGGUUACUUACAGGUCAUAAGCUAUAUACAAGUUUUAUGGGAGAAUGCUGUAAAGCAUACUGAGCCAAAUUCAAAUGACUUUCAAAUUUAUAAUGGUGCAGUGGAAGCUGUAUACACAUUAAUAAGUGCCCUUGUAGUAUUUUGCGUUGGAAAUCUCCACUUUAACUGGCCAUUAGUAGGAGAAGCAAUAUUGUCCAUAUUUUCUUUUAUUGAAGGAUUUUUAUUGAUUGCAUCAUACAUGUGUGACAAUAUUUGGGUUUUAUACGCUGCUUAUGUAGCUUUUGGAGUCAUUUAUCAUUCUAUAAUUACUGUUGCCAGUUUUGAGGUUGCCAAACAUCUAUCAGAAGAUAGUUAUGGUUUAAUAUUUGGAACAAAUACAUUUUUUGCAUUAUUGCUGCAGUCCAUACUAACUCUCAUAGUGGUGGAAAAGAAAGGAUUAGCAUUGGAUAUAAAAUCACAGUAUCUUGUUUAUGGUGGAUAUUAUAUAGUUUUGGGAAUUGUUUUCAUGAUUAUGAAUUUCUUUACAAUACGUUACUAUUGUAAAAAAGAAAAGCCUAUGAAAAUUUGGGUAAAAAGCAUGGAAUCCAUUGUUGAACCUUAAAUUGUUGAAUAGUCAGUGUAAUAAGUUUAAAGGAUAAGAAAAUUUAGAUGAAAGAACAGUUAUGAUAAAACAUUAAAGCCAUAUAAGUAUAUUUAAAUGUUGAAUUGUGAGUAGAACCAAUGUGCAUUGAUAAAUUUAAGAAAAUAGUUGUUAUAUUAUUUUGUUGAGAGCAUAACUUGUUCUUGUUAAAUGUGAUAUAUGUAUUAGCAACAGUUCACUGUUCCUAAGUUGAGACUUACUACAAAGAUAUAUAUAUGUAUAUAAGUUUAUUAUUUAUUUUAUAGAGACUGUAUAUUU